GCUUAUAUAGAUCUACUUGCUAUGUUAGUCAUGCUAUUCAACAUAUUUAAUCAUGAGUUUUUCAUUCAAUUUGUUAGUGCAAUGAUGAUCUACCGUGCUAAUUGCAAUGACAAGAGGAUUACAUGGUCCAAAGCCAAAUGGAAUACUAUAAAGUGCCCUGCCCAAACAAAUUAUAUAGAUUGCAGGUACUAUGUACUAAGCUUUCUAAAGGAGAUAAUUGCGCACAAAAAAUCUACAAUUCCACAAGCGUACUUCUCUGAUUGUCAAUUUGGCUUCUACGAUGAGGAUCAACUAAAUGAAAUUAAAGAAGAGUGGGCUACUUAUGUGUUAAAGAAUUUUGCCUAGUGUGGACUAUUUGGUUUAAUUAGUAUUGUUU